GUCCAGAGAUCGUCCCUCACAUCAGGGGUCCCGAGUUAAAACCAGAAUGUCGGCUCGUGAUCUGUUGUCUACCACAGAACAUCAGACAUAUGUAUUUAAGUGAUGGCACGGUCUUUGCAAAAUUAAUAACAGAAGCGGGAUUAAGCCAAGCAAAGGUGUUGAUAAUCAUAUUUGGAGAGAGGAAGACAUCCUGGAAAACACUGUGUGAUGAGAGCAUCUACGGCAGCGUCCUCCAACAAGGCCGGGACCUUUACAUGAAAGGACGCAAUCAGGCGUCGCUGUUGAGAGAGCAAACUCGUAGUGGAGUGUCUGAAAGCGUCGCCUUGGUCACAGUGGACAACCAUGCAUCUAGGUACCAACUGUGGUUUAUGAAAAACUUCGUUGAAAGUGCCUUCACCGAUGAGGAGUGAGACAAUUCUAUAGAUCGCCUUAUGUAAUUUUGAAACUGUUCGACAUUACAUUGAAUGACACUAUUUGCCAAUUUAAGAAAAGAUAGACACAGGCCU